AUGGAAGCGAAGCAACUCAAGGAGUUUAUGAAGACAUACUCAAACCUCGUUCAACGCUGUUUCGAUGACUGCGUGAACGACUUUACCACCAAAUCGCUGGUCUCAAGAGAAGAAGGAUGCGUGAUGCGAUGCGUCGACAAGUUCCUGAAGGGAUCCGAGAGGUUAGGAGCAAGGUUCCAAGAGCAAAAUGCGGCCAUUAUGCAAUCAGGUCAACUACCAGGGAGAUAA